AUGAUUCACGAAUUGUUGCUGGCAUUAAGCGGGUACCCGGGGACCAUUUUCACAUGCAAUAAACGAACGGCUUUGCAGGUGUCCCAGGAUCUCCCCUUCCUUCACCCUAGUGAGACCGGUGUCCUGAAUAGGCUCUGUAAAUUGGGCUCGGAUUACAUUCGCUUUACGGAGUUCAUAGAGCAACACACUGGCCACGUGCAUCAACAAGAACAUCACACAAAUCAGCCCAGCCAGACGGGACUACAUGGUAUAUACCUGCGUGCAUUCUGCACAGGGCUGGAUUCUGUGCUUCAGCCAUACAGACAGGCCCUGCUGGACCUUGAGCAGGAGUUCCUCAGUGAUCCCCACCUGACAGUAUCCCACGUGAAUUAUAAGCUUGAUCAGUUCCAGUUGCUUUUUCCCUCUGUGAUGGUGGUGGUGGAAACUAUUAAAUCGCAGAAGAUCCAUGGCUGUCAGAUUCUGGAAACGGUGUACAAGCACAGCUGUGGGGGGCUUCCUCCUGUACGUAUGGCUUUGGAAAAGAUCCUUGCAGUUUGCCAUGGUGUGAUGUACAAGCAACUUGCCGCCUGGAUGCUGCAUGGAUUACUGCUGGAUCAAAGCGAGGAGUUUUUUGUGAAACAGGGUCCCAGUGCAGGAGGAGCUUCUACUUGCCAGGAGGAGGAUGAGGAGGAUCUUGGUCUGGGAGGCUUAAGUGGCAAACAACUGCGAGAACUUCAGGACCUGAGGCUGAUAGAAGAGGAAAAUAUGCUGGCUCCGUCUCUCCAGCAGUUCUCCUUGCGAGCAGAGAUGUUGCCUUCUUACAUUCCAAUACGAGUGGCAGAGAAGAUCCUUUUUGUUGGAGAAUCUGUCCAGAUGUUUGAAAACCACAACCACAGUCCCUCAAGAACUGGAUCCAUAUUGAAGCACCAGGAGGACGCAUUUGCCGCUGAUUUGCAUAGACUUAAGCAGCAGCCUCUUUUCAGCCUGGCUGAUUUUGAAGAUUUAAUUGAUCGCAUCAGAAGCACAGUGGCGGAGCAUCUUUGGACACUGAUGGUGGAGGAGUCUGAGCUCCUUGAGCAGCUCAAGAUCAUCAAGGAUUUCUAUUUACUUGGUCGUGGCGAGCUCUACCAGGUUUUUAUCGACCUCGCACAGCACAUGUUGAAGACCCCACCGACAGCUGUAACAGAGCACGAUGUAAAUGUGGCCUUCCAACAAGCAGCUCAUAAGGUGUUGCUGGAUGAUGACAAUCUGCUGCCUUUGCUACACCUCACUGUUGACUACCAGGGCAAAGACAGUAAAGAGAUGGUAGGCCCCAGAGAUGGUACCAGUCCUCCACAAGAUAUCUCCCCUCGAGAGGUGCCUCCUACUGGCUGGGCUGCUCUCGGCCUCAUCUACAAGGUUCAGUGGCCGCUGCACAUUCUCUUCACUCCUGCUGUUCUAGAGAAAUACAACGUAGUGUUCAGGUACCUGUUGAGUGUGCGGCGGGUGCAGUCACAGCUCCAACACUGCUGGGCUUUGCAAAUGCAGAGGAAGCAUCUCAAGUCCAGCCAGACAGAUGCAAUCAAGUGGAGACUGCGUAACCACAUGGCUUUUCUGAUCGAUAACUUGCAGUACUACUUGCAGGUGGAUGUGUUGGAGUCCCAAUUCUCUCAGCUGCUUCAGCAGAUCAACUCCACCAGAGAUUUUGAAAGCAUCCGACUAGCCCAUGACCAUUUCCUCAGCAACCUGCUCGCCCAGUCCUUCAUCCUUCUGAAACCAGUCUUCCAUUGCCUGAAUGAGAUCCUGGAGCUCUGUCAUAACUUCUGCUCUUUGGUUAGUCAGAGUGUGGCAUCCCUCGAUGAGAGGGGAACCGCUCAGCUAGAUAUUCUAGUCAAGGGUUUCAGACGUCAAUCGUCACUACUGUUCAAAAUCCUAUCAAGCGUGAGGAAUCAUCAAAUCAACUCUGAUCUCGCUCAGCUUCUUCUGCGACUGGACUACAACAAGUACUACACCCAAGCUGGAGGCACUCUGGGCAGGUGA